CGAGACAAAAAGCGCCGAGGCAGAGGGGGAGGGAAGAAAGACACGACAAUUACGCACGGAGGAUUCGCUUUUAAACUCGAAGUCUGAGUGACCAUGAGCUCGGGCCGGCAGCUCUCCCCCCCCCACCCUCACCCGAACAACCCGCCCAAAGCCAAGGAGCUGGAGAGCAUGAAGGAGUCCAUCAGCGACAUCAUCAACCAGCUGCAGGACAUCGACCCGUCCCGUCUGUCCUUCUCGCCGUUCUUGGACCUGGACACGCAGAUCGUCCUGGCCCCCGUGUCCGACAGCCCCGAGUCGUCCGUGGAGGAGCUGCACUCGCCCUGCUGCUCCGUGUCCGGCUCCACGCCCUCCCUGGAGCCCCUGCCCAACAGCCAGCACAAGAGUCUCCCCCGAAACUACCAGCGCCCCAUCAACAACAACACGCUCCCGAAGGGCCCCCCGCCAGACGAGUCGCCGUCGGCCCACCCGCACGCCCCCCCCGUCAGCCCCGCCCCCUCCUCAGAGAACUGCACCUCCACCCCCCGCCGGGACCCGCUCCCCAACGGCACCGACCCGGCCAGGUGGUCCCCGGAGCCCUCGCCGCGCCUCGACUGCUCCGCCGACGACUCCACCCGCCCCCUCAUCAGCCCCUCCGCCCGCCCCCUCGUCGGCCCCGCCCCCGAGAGCGUGGAGCUGAACAUGUGGACCUCCCAGGCUCCCGUAGAGGCGCGGCCGGCCCCGGGGGAGGACGCACACGCAGGUAAGUGCUGUUGGCGGUGCGCGUGCUGUCGUCGAGGUCGUGUCCCGGCUCUCCUCUCGGUCCUGGGCUCCGUGCUCUGCUCCGUGGGCGUCAUGUACGCGCUCUACUUCCACGUCCCGCUCAAGCCGCCGCGCUUCUCCGACGUCACCGGCCGAAUGGUGUUCACCCUCUGCUGCUGCGCCGUCGCCUCUGUGCCCAUCCUGCUGGCCAUGAUGGUGGGGGCUCUGUGUCAGUUCUGCAGCGGUUCUCUCGACCUCCACGACCCUUCGUCCACGCGUCGCUCCCUGCAGCAGAUCUUCAUCAGCUCGUCCCUGGAGCUGCUGCUGCUCUACGGCCUCAACAUGCUCAUCCUGUGCGCCCUGCUGCCCCACGAGCACCUCAUGAUGGUGCCCGUCAUGGCCGUCAUGUUCGUGCUGGGACGGCUGGUGUACUGGGUGAGUCUGAACGUGUGCAGCCCGUGGAGAGGCUUCGGCUCCGGUCUGACCGUGUUCCCGCUGCUCGCCUCCGUCGCCCUCAACCUCUUCCUCAUGUACAACACGCUCCACACCAAGCAGGCGCUGUUCGGAUCCUAGAGCCGCCGCGAGCUCUGUGCACGGACACGCCUCCGCCCCGGCGCAAACAGCACAGAGAGAGAAAAAACAACAACAAAAAAACAGAGAAAGACCUGACGAAGACGAGACGGAGGAGAGGCUGAGGAGC